AUGCGCGGGAAAAAAAAAGGGGAGAGGGGGGAAAGGGAGGCGAAGGAUGUAGCCACCGAAGGCUGUUUGCCGCAGCCCACUGGAAAGUGGAGACUCACCCUUGCCAUGGCCCCUGGUUUCUUAUCCCAAACAAAUGGUAGUAUCAGCGUACCCACCAACCCCACCAUCUCUUUUAUGCCACCCCAUCACCCCAACAGGAUUCCACAUCCCCCUCCCAUCCCUCUCCUCGUGGGCAAGGAACCAAUCCAACCCUAAGCCUUCGAUUUAUAUAUACGUAUCAAUCUAAAGCAACUCAUCCCAGUCCCUUGCUCUGGUUUUUUUUUUUUAAUUUUAAAAGUCCCAUCUUUUUCCCCAUUCUUUGGUAACAAGAGCGGGACAUUCUCUAGGGUUUCUAAUUUCCCUCUCUGUUGCUCCGGUGGGCGCUGGUGAUUGGUUUCUCGGGGUAAGGUUCUUCUUCCUUGAUGAAAAUUGAGGGCAGCUUGGCGUCGCGCAGAGAAUUGGCGUCGGAGAGGGGCAGGCCGGCGUCGGAGAGGAGCAGGAAGCGCCGGAGGAGGCCGGGCUCGAUGCCGGCGCUGGUCCAGAGGCUGUUCGAGACCUGCAAGGAGGUCUUCGCCGAUGGCCGGGCCGGUUCCGUGCCGUCCCCCGAGGACGUCGAUCGACUUCGGUUCAUUCUAGAUAACAUGGAUGCAUCAGAUGUUGGUCUAAGUCAAAACAUGCCAUAUUUUUGGAAUACGGAUCGCCAAGGAACUCCUCCAAUAACAUACCUACAUGUUUACGAGUGUGAUAAGUUCUCGAUUGGUAUUUUUUGUUUGCCUCCAUCAGGUGUCAUUCCACUUCAUAAUCACCCUGGUAUGACCGUAUUUAGCAAGCUUCUCUUUGGCUCCAUGCACAUCAAGUCAUAUGACUGGGUUGAUGUUCCUAAAUACUCCAGUGAUGUCAUCAACCCUGCACACUCAGUUCAAUCUCCAGGAGUGAGCUUGGCAAAGGUAAAGACCAAUGCCAUCUUUACAGCACCAUGCGACACCGCCAUUCUUUAUCCAGCAGAUGGUGGCAACAUGCACUGUUUUACUGCAAGGACAUCUUGUGCAGUGCUGGACGUCCUAGGUCCUCCUUAUUCCGAUCCUGAAGGAAGGCACUGCACCUAUUACAAUGAUUUCCCUUAUGCAAGCUUUCCUGGAGCUGCGGUUCUGGCGCCUGGUGAGGCUGAGGAGUAUGCUUGGCUGGAAGAGAGGGAGAAGCCGGAUGACUUUGUUGUAUUUGGGGCAAAAUAUAGGGGUCCAAGAAUCAUGGAGCGUUGAUUUAUAUGAUGAUUUUGGCAGCUAAGCAAAACAAGGUUCUCUGCAGUUUGGGUGUAUAUACACAACUUGAAAAGAAAGAGGUGAAAGAAUAGAAUUCCUGAAAGGGGGUUGUUCGCGCUCUUUGACAGAUCCUUCGUUUCCUAGGUAGACCUUAGUGGAAGAAUUGCCGAGGCAUGGAAUAGCUUGUAUCUUUAGUUCAGUUCAGUUAUCAUCGCGUCCUAGUGAAGAAUUCAAUUCCUUGUCUUCUUAUUUCAUAAAAAAGGUUUUCUUUGUUGCUCAAAAUCAUGAAACGUGGAUUCCAGUCAAUAAUCAUGUUAACGGUUCUUUUGAUAAUUUAAUUCAAGGUUUCCUUUUCUUUGUA